AUACCAGGUAAAACAUAGACUCUCAUUGUUAUUGUGGGAAUGUAAUACAUACUCCCUUUACGUUCGUUCGUUAAAAUGUAAGAAAGCUCUAUAAGGUCAUAUAUUUAUUUGGACAAGUACUUGAAAAGAUAAGGAAGCGUGUAUCUCAAGUCCAGGUAUUUAGUUUUUUGAGCUGUAAUACAUUGAUGAACUAAGACGGAGUAAAAUCAAUGCGAGUGUAUCGGCGAUCAGUCGAAGCGUUAUUGUGCAGUGAAGAACAAUUAUCACUUAUUGGAACCAUCUUUCUGGCUACUCUCAAUCAUACAAUAGUAUUAUUUAGCUGCUAUUCACUACCACAGGUUUGAUGUCCACAACUUGAAUCUAUUUUACAAACUUUAAUUAGAAGGAUGAAAAUAAGCCCUGGAGAAUUACACUUUAUGAUGCAUGGAUUCAAUUAUGACAAAAAAUCUUUUGAUUUUUAUAUGGAUUUAUAGGAAACAAACUAUUUUUGAUGUGACGUUUUCAUUCACUACAUCCAAAGUCACUUGUGGAUCAGUUGAUAAUCGCCGUUAAAAUAAAGGUCAAGUCGACAAUGCCUGUUAAAUAGUAAAAAGUUUAGCAAAGUCAUGGGACGUUGUGUAUCAUGGGUGUAGAUAAUGUUACCACGGAGAAAUGGAACACAAGUAAAACCUUUGCAUCUGUAAUUCCAACUUUAACUGAUUCAAACAUCGAUAAUUUUUCUCAGUUUUCUAGCAAUUCGUUCAUAGCAUUCACAGAAUUUUCGACAGCCAACAUUUUAAAUGUUACAAGCAAUUUUUCAGAUGGAUUAAAUAGCAGACAUGUUGAAAAGUCAUUACUAGAAAUUAUUUCUGUGUCGAUUGUUGUUGCUAUUUUGGCUGCGUUGACUAUUGGUGGCAAUUUGUUAGUUAUUAUUGCAUUCAGGAUUGACAAACAACUUCAAACAAUCACAAAUUAUUUCUUAUUGAGUUUGGCUGUUGCUGAUAUGGCUAUUGGCGUCAUCUCAAUGCCACUGUAUACUGUUUACCUGUUAAUGGGACAUUGGCCCCUGGGUCCUUUGCUAUGUGAUAUGUGGCUAUCAAUGGAUUACGUCAUGAGCAAUGCUUCCGCUGCUAAUCUCUUGGUUAUAAGUUUUGACCGAUACUUAUCUGUUACACGUCCAUUAACUUACAGAGCAAACCGAACUGGAAGAAAAGCCGUUCUAAUGAUUGUGCUUGUGUGGGUUAUUUCUACUCUCCUUUGGACACCAUGGAUUUUUGCUUGGCCACAUAUCGAGGGAGAACGGACAGUACCAAAGGAUGACUGUUACAUACAAUUUUUAUACACAAAUGCUUUUGUAACUAUAGGAACACAUAUUAUUGCUUUUUGGUUGCCCGUCAUCAUAAUGACAACUUUAUAUUUAAAAAUAUACAGGGAAACAAAAAAGAGACAAAAACGCAUGCCAAUGCUUCAAGCUUAUAAAAGUUUCAAAGAGAAGAAACUUGCAUGUUCUAUUGAAGAGGAUAUAGCCUAUCACCCGAAAUAUCGUGAAUCUGAUGGAGAUAUAGAAGGACUGUAUAUUCCUGAAAUGGAAUUUCCCCCGGAGGAUAAAUCAUGCUGGCAAAGAUUGAAUUGUUGCAAAAUAGAUAGGGAUUACGAGAUUGAAGAAUCAAGUUCAAGUGAACCACUUUCUCCGGUAGCUAAUUCUUUUCCAGAUUCCAGUCAACAAUCAUUCAGAAGCUAUCGUUCCGGGUCUUAUAAAUUUAGACACAUAUCUCGAUAUAGUUUUGGACGAUAUUCUAAGCGUAGCGAUUCUUCCAAUCUAGUAAUUCCUUUAAUGGCAGCCGAUUCGGCAAAAACACUAACGUCGCCAGAUUCAACUUGUGCAAUUCAAGAGGAAAAUUCUUCACCGAGUAUAGAAAAGGCUUUGAAAAAAGCUGCUACUGAUGAGUCUAAUAAUUUAUAUACAAUUGUGAUUGACAUUCCAAAAAGUAAAAAUGGAAAUUCCGAAGUUCAUCCGACAAUACGGAUGAUCGAUGACAACGAAGAGGCUAGCGAUGAUAAAAUAGUUCCAGCAAGCCCUGUUAUAAGUAAAGCCAAUGGAACACAUAAUGGAAUUAAUUUCGAAGAAUCUUCAUUUAGUGAAAACAGUGACCGGAAAUUUAAGAGAACAGCUUUAACACAAAUUGUUGGUACUCCCGCCCUUGGGCGGCGCAUACGUUCCAAUGACGCAAACAAAAAUGCACAAAAUGUUAAAAUAGCUACACAUGCAGCAUAUAAACUAGAAAAGUCAAAACGGAAACGUUCAGAGAAAAAGCAAGACCAAAAAGCAGCCAAGACUCUUAGUGCAAUUUUGCUGGCGUUCAUAGUAACUUGGCUUCCUUAUCAAAUUACCACAAUCAUUGAAAGUUUUUGCAGUGGAUGUGUUCCGGGACUAUUUUACCAAUUUUCUUACUGGUUUUGUUACAUCAACAGCACUGUAAACCCUAUGUGUUAUGCACUUUGCAACGCCAACUUCAGACAAACGUUUUUAAGGAUACUAAAGUGUAGUUCCAACAAAAGAAACCGAAAGAACCAUAUGGUGUCAUCGUACUCGUUCAGUUGUGGACAUCGAUGAAAGGAAAUCGUGUUUGUUUAAUGAUUUCGAUUUGUUUGCAUUUAACGGCUAACGUUUGAAGAUGGUGCAAAAAAAUGCAUAUGCAAGGAAUUGUAAGGAAACGACAUCAUUUUAUUUUUAUAUCUUUCAGCUGAACUUAUGACAAAGAUGAAAGAAAAGGAUUACAGAUAACAUGGAUAAGUGAUCGUUGUUUUAACACAUUUCAAAUAAAAAACACAUAAUCUGAAUCUUUGUGUCAUCAUCAACAUAAAACAUUAGCAGACGUAAUAAUAUUGCCAAUAUUAACGUCAACAGCAGGAGAAUAUUUAUUGUGUUUCCAUUUGUGUGAAUUACUAUGACGUACAUCAAUAUUUGAAUGUGUUGUCACGAAAUAAAAGUAAACUAUU